AUGCCGAGUACGAGACGAGAUGACUCCAGUCGCGGUGAUCUCGUAAAAAACGACGAAGACUAUCCGUGGAUAUGCCAGACCAAACUUCCUGACUUGAACGACGACCCACUGCUAUACUUUUGGCUGAUGGGCGGCAAAGAUGUGGGUGAACAUCAGGCACUACGCGCGCUACAAGACGAAGAAGGUUAUCCCAUUUCGUUCAACUGCGCACUCAAUCUAUUGGAGCAAGGACACGUGAAACUCAAUUUCGGCAACACUUUCCAAACUGGAAACAGCGGAAUGCGGUUGGAAGCUUUGACGGCUGGUGCAAUCGUGUCGGCCAGCCAUCGAAAUGGCUUUGCCGGUAUCGGCUUCAUGGACUUCUUUCGUUCAUUGCUGUACGAGUUUGAUAUGCAGCAGGAUAUCGAUCUUCCCGUAAAGUUCAGCGAUGAAGUGGCGACUCUACUCUCGACGCUUACGGUACCAUAUCUCGCGCCCCCUAACCAGACACUCCCCGACUUCCUGAGAGGCGAAGCUGAAUGUGGGAGAUAUAUAUCGAACUGUAAAUAA